GAAUACAAUGCUCGAUAGCAAGGAGGGUUCUCAAAGCGUUUUGUGGAAAAAUUGAGAGAAUUGUAAUAAAAACUUUUAAUUGAAGGAGAAAAUUUCUGGGGACGAGCUCUAGAUGCAAACUUAUGCUUCGUUCACACGGCACCAGACGAAUUUUCGACCAGUUGAACAUUCGUGCGUUUAGGAUAUGAUCUGUUAACUGAACAGCUCAAAAUUUGAUCGCCAAAACCAAGGUCAAUCUUUAGCCGGUACGGCCCUGUUAGUUAUUUUAAAUUUGCCGCCAAGGUCAUUAAGCCUCACUUCCAUGCAACUUCCGUUUUUUUUCUGGAAUCGGAGUAUUAUAAAAUUUCUUUGGCUUUGUGGGUUCCAUUUUCGCUGAAGAAAGCUCUCCGGCAAGAGCCGAACAUGUACGGCGAACAAUCUAGUUUGCGGUUAACCUUCCUCGUAUAAGAAAAUCGCGAAAGCAACGCGAUAGAUACUGGCUUCUUGUUGGGCACCAAAUUAUUUUUUGUACCAAAUCACAGACAAUUAUUCCAAUAAGUCGUGAAACUGGUUCGUUAAGAGUAGCAUCCCUGCGGCACUCUCGCCCAUUCUUAAAAACUUUCGCCGUCGUUUUUCGUGACUCAACUGACCGCCCCUGGGUCUCCAAGGAUGCUUGUACCAAAGUAAUAACUAUAAUAUUUUUUACAAACAUUUUUCUCAUAUAUAUUAGUUAAAGUUGCGUCGUCCGUGAGUUUUCCUGAUGUAGCUGUUUUUCACAUGGGCUUUCAUAACAAAGAAAGUCAACCUGAACGACAGAACAAAUCUCCAUAUUAAAUAAAGCGCAGGCGCUUAAUACCCACUAACAUGUUCGUUUGAGUCACCGAACGGACUCUUAAAAACAUCGUAGGAAGGCAAUCAACUGUUUGUGACUUGUUCUCAAUAUAAUCUCGAUAAUUGAAAAAAGUUAUUCCAGCCACAAACCAAAAAAAGCUUCUGGCGCAUCCCAAAGUUAUUACAGUUCUUCCUUCCCGCAUUUGGUUUUGUUCUUAUUCCUUCCCUUCCCACGUUAGCUAGCUUCUUUCUUGAAAGUGGUAUAAUUCUAAUCGUCCUCGAUACUUACGCUCAGUCCAUUUAUAUUGCCUGCUGUCUGUCCCAAUAUGGCAACCCUGAAUGAGACAUCAGGAAUUCUUACCAGUCCUUACUAUCCAAGGCGUUACCCUUCCAACGAGAAAUGCAGCUGGAAAAUUAUAGCAAGUAAAGGACAACGGAUUGUGUUUGUCAUUGAAGACCUUUAUAUUCGGGACUGUGGUUCAUCUUGCACGUGUGAUUAUCUGGAAAUACAAAAUGGCUCUUCCUCUGAUGGUAUUUCAGGCAGGCGAAGAUGUAGAUACUAUGAAGACCGUGGGAUAGUAUACCAUUCCGCAAAAGAUGUCCUGAGGUUGACAUUUGUUUCUGAUAGUGGUGCUUCUGGGUACUACCGGGGAUUUAAGGCAACUUACAUUAAAGUGAAUUAUAAUGCACCAACCACCGGUAAGUUAUUAGAAAUCGGCUUUAAACGCAAAGUUAAAGGGUUAUGUGCAAGCGAUCAGGUGAUCAACUUUCAACCAAGUUAUAUGAAAUAUUGUGGCCUUAUAACAGGAUUAUAGUACGUAACUGUAAUAUUCAAAUACUUUACGGAGGAAAACAUUCCACAGUAAAAUGCCGAUCAAAUGCCAACAAUUUUCAUUCGCAUCGUGUUAAAAGUGUUUGGUUGAAAAUCUCCUAUUCUUUUUAUAAGUAUCUAUUACAAAGCUUUCGAUUUGGUUUUUUGUUUUGCUUUGUCUUUUUUUUUGUUUCAGACAGAUUACUCUUUGAUUGUGUAUUAUAAAGCUAAAUCACAGUUUAUUUUCUCUUGUUGCAGCUUGUACCUCUGGCGAAUACCUUAAUGGAUUUAGUGGAUUCUUUUCAACUCCAAAUUUUCCAAAUAACUAUCCUCAAUACAGCAUGUGUACCUGGAAUAUCACAGUUCCCAGCGGGUACAUAAUUAAACUCAGCUUCCUCUUCUUUCGAUUGGAGCCAUAUCAGUACAGUCCCUGCUAUUAUAAUGCUCCAGGAGCCCGUGUUACAGUCACAAAUUUUACUUCAGAUGAUGGGUAUCAAUCGUUCAUACUGUGCGGUCAACAACUUCCAGAUCCAGUGCACUCAGUGGGGAAUUCCGUUCAAGUCAUAUUCACGUCUCUGAGCAGUCAAUACUCAGGGUUUAAUGCAACUUACACGGCUAUCACUUUUAGUUUAGGUACGUGGUAUACAUUAUAAAAACAAAAAACAAUUACUUUUUAUGAAAUUAGAUCGAUAUCUCACACUAUCAGACUAUGUUGGUAAUUAACAGGCGACCAAAAGAAUCGACUCCAAAUUUAUUGACCUAUUACUCCUUGAAAAUGUAAAAGAGCAAAAGAGGAACACGAUUGGAUCGGUAAAACUGAACAAGAUAUUGCAUUCAGGUAUAUUUAAAGAACACGUGUAUUUCAAAUUUGUCGCCUUUACAUCGUACGCAAGUCUGAUGCUCUCAAGAAUCAUCAGUUGCUACGUGGAGAUGACAAUUUGGCCCGCCUAAGAGGUCUCUUUUAAGGCUCAGAGUCAAAAAAGAAAGAUAAAAUCAUCGAAAAUACACCACCGUAGCUCCCUCGAGAACUAUACCCGAUUCCAGACCAAAAUGGGCAAAGUCUAUAACCGUUUUUUAACAAAAACAGCGCAAAAACCAUACCAAUUUCUUUCUACAAGAUAAUCUGUAUCUAGAAUGAUUUGGAUCAUCACACGCCGUUUCCCCAUUUUCCCUCAGUUCUUCAAUCUGUCUCACUACCUUUGCUUUACAUAGUUAAGAGCCUCUCUGGGUCAUUGUCAUAUAUUUUUAGAUUUUUAUUGUUUGCAGGUUCUUAACCCUGAGAAGAAAAUUUCAUGAAAACAUGUGUCUAAACUUCUAUGUAAUCUUGUAGUUGAGAAUAAACAGCAUAAACAGCUGAUCGAUCGCGCAAAGCCUGAUGAUGUACACCUACCUUUCCAACAGUUCUUUCUUAUUACCAUUUUGAUUUAUACGGCGGCAUUUUAACCAAAACGUUAGUUGAGCAACGGUCAAUUUUUCUAUAUCUCUUCUUCACUGAAGCCAGCAAGAGGAAUGUUCCCUCAAGUAAGUCCGCCAUGUUAGUUAUUAGGUACCUUACGCUCAGAUGACGCUAUGACAACGAGGACGUCCUCAAAAAAGCAAUAGGUUUACAAGGCAAAACAACAACUUUGCACGUGCAUCACACUUUUUUCUACAUUUCUUUUUUUUGAGGACGUAAACAAGGAACGACCAAAAUUUAUUUCUCUUUUGGAACUUGGAAAGGGAUCCUAGGAAUUCAGCGCCAAGAGUAUUCGCUUACUUUUGAUAAAGAAAAUGGGUAGGAAUAAUCGCAAUGAAGGCUGAAAGAACGUAAAUUCACUUUUUAAGUGACGUUUUUGCUGCCAUCGCCUCGUCGGAUCGUAAAGUCCCUAUUUUAAAUUUAAAAAUCUUACAUCCAUACAAGUAGUGGACUAUGUUGGAAAUUAACCCCCUUUGGUGCGUUCCCUUUGCGUUCGGUGUGCGUUCCCUUAAUUAAUAGGCAUAUGGGUCGAGUCUAUGACGUCCCCCAUUGUUAUAACCAAGAGAAAAAAUGCAGUCCUUCAUAUCAAUUAAGUGCCUAGUCAGUGUCUUCCUGCAUACUAAUUCGGUAUAGGUUUACUAAUAAGCGUCACUCUACUACAAUAGGAGCCAUAGGCUUGCCUAGACUUGCCCGUUAAGUAACUUGAGCCCGGUUUUCGGACCGUCUAUUAAAAGGAAAAUAGGAGCGAUCACCUAGCAACGCAAGAAACGGCUUGCUAUAUCUUAUUUAGCGCUAAACCUCAGACAUAUAAACAAAACACACGCACAUAUACGCAAAGGGGAACUGAAAACGCUUUAUUUCAAGUUUGUCUGACUAUUACAGAACCGUUUUCUCCCAUCUAUCUCGGGGAAAUGAAAGUCUUGUCAUUUUCACGCACGGUUAAUCAGUUAAUUAUUCGAGUUCACAAGCCCAAAGUUGAAUACAAAUUAGCUCUACAGGAAAAACCUCAAGGGAGCAACCUAGACGUAUUAUUGUAAAACAAAUAACUUAACAAGGAUCAAUUAAAACACGCGACUCAUAAUUGCUAGCAAUAAAACCAGACACGAGAUACCGAUUUGAAACAAAAAUAGUCAAAUACACAGCGAUUUGAAAGAAAUCUAUUAAAAUAGUCAAAAGAAAGCAAACCAUCCUUUUGUUUUUACACUGCGCACAAUGUUUUACCUAUCCCUCUCCCUUUUCAAUUUUAUUUCCCUCCUGAAUUUUUUUUUCCUUUUCCACAAUUCUAUUAUUUUCCCUCCUCCACCAUUUUUUUAUUAUCAGUCCCUCCUCAAUGUUUUUUAUUCCCCUCCUCCACCUCCACCUCCUCAUUUAUUCUAUAUAUUUUUCCAUCCACAAAAACAUCGACCUCCUAGCGACUCUACAUCAACCCCACAUCGAGCCCACAUCGACCCUACAUCGACCACUCAUCGACCCCACAUCGACCCUACACUCAACUUUUUUUUUUAACACUGCUUCGUAAAUAGUGAAACUAUAUACCACCACCGCCACAUUUCUAUUGUUUUCCUACCGCCACCACAGUUCUAUUGUUUUCUCUCCACCACCACCACCGCCACAUUUCUAUUGUUUUCUCUCCACCACCACCACCGCCACAUUUCUAUUGUUUUCCCUCCACCACCACCACCGCCACAUUUCUAUUGUUUUCUCUCCACUACCACCACCGCCACAUUUCUAUUGUUUUCCCUCCACCACCACCGCCACAUUUCUAUUGUUUUCCCUCCACCACCACCACCACCACCGCCACAUUUCUAUUGUUUUCCCUCCACCACCACCACCACCACAUUUCUAUUGUUUUCUCUCCACCACCACCACCGCCACAUUUCUAUUGUUUUCUCUCCUCUUCCUUCUCCUCCACCCUCUCCACCUCCUCCUCAUUUCUAUUGUUUUCCCUCGAAAGGCCAAAGAGGCCAAAAUCAGGCCUAACAGGCCAAACUUGGACGGAAAAGAAUAGAAGUGAGAAGGGGGGGGGGAGGGUGGAGGGGGUGGAGGAGAAGGAGAAGGAGGGAAAACAAUAGAAAUGUGGCGGUGGUGGUGGAGGGGAAACAAUAGAAAUGUGGCAGUGGUGGUGGUGGAGAGAAAACAAUAGAAAUGUGGUGGUGGUGGUGGAGAGAAACAAUAGAAAUGUGGCGGUGGUGGUGGUGGAGGGAAAACAAUAGAAGUGUGGCGGUGGUGGUGGAGGGGAAACAAUAGAAAUGUGGUGGCGGUGGUGGUGGUGGAGAGAAAACAAUAGAAAUGUGGCGGUGGUGGUGGUGGAGGGAAAACAAUAGAAAUGUGGCGGUGGUGGUAUAUAGUUUCACUAUUUACGAAGCAGUGUUAAAAAGAAAAAAGAGUUGAGUGUAGGGUCGAUGUGGGGUCGAUGAGUGGUCGAUGUAGGGUCGAUGUGGGCUCGAUGUGGGGUCGAUGUGGGGUUGAUGUAGAGUCGCUAGGAGGUCGAUGUAUUUGUGGAUGGAAAAAUAUAUAGAAUAAAUGAGGAGGUGGAGGUGGAGGUGGAGGAGGGGCAUAAAAAACAUUGAGGAGGGACUGAUAAUAAAAAUUGGUGGAGGAGGGAAAAUAAUAAAAUUGUGGAGAAGGAAAAAAGAACAAAUUGACAAAGGAAAUAAAAUUGAAAAGGGAGAGGGGUAGGUAAAACAUUGUGCGCAGUGUAAAAAAAAGGAUGGUUUGCUUUCUUUUGACUAUUUUAAUAGAUUUCUUUCAAAUCGCUGUAUAUUUGACUCUUUUUGUUUCAAAUCGGUAUCUCGUGUCUGGUUUUAUUGCUAGCAAUUAUGAGUCGCGUGUUUUAAUUGAUCCUUGUUAAGUUAUUUGUUUUAUAAUAAUACGUCAAGGUUACUCCCUUGAGGUUUUUCCUGUAGAGCUAAUUUGUAUUCAACUUUGGGCUUGUGAACUCGCAUAAUUAACUGAUUAACCGUGCGUGAAAAUGACACGACUUUCAUUUCCUCGGAAUAGAUGGGAGAAAACGGUUCUGUAAUAGUCAGACAAACUUGAAAUAAAGCGUUUUUAGCUCCCCUUUGUGUAUAUGUGCGUGUGUUUUGUUUAUAUGUCUGAGGUUUAGCGCUAAAUAAGAUAUAGCAAGCCGUUUCUCGCGUUGCUAGGUGAUCGCUCUUAUUUUCCUUUUAAUAGACGGUCCAAAAACCGGGCUCAAGUUACUUAACGGGCUAGUCUAGGCAAGCCUAUUGUUCCUAUUGUAGUAGAGUGACGCUUAUUAGUAAACCUAUACCGAAUUAGUAUGCAGGAAGACACUGACUAGGCACUUAAUUAAUAUGAAGGACCGCAUUUAUUCCCUAGGUUAUAACAAUGGGUGACGUCAUAGACUCGACCCAUAUGCCUAUUAAUUAGGGGAACGCACACGGAACGCAAAGGGAACGCACCAAAGGGGGUUAAUUUCCAACAUAGUAGACUCCUACUCAUACAACUUCCCAUUUUCUUUUCUGAAAUCCGAGUAUUAAACAAUUUCUUUGAGGCGCUUUCCUUUCAACCCAAAAUUCCGAAAUUUUCGGUUGGUACAACAUGGAAUAGACCGUUUUGAUUUGGUCUGACCGAAACAUUCGGGACCAGCUUUGAAGGUGGUCCUCUUUCACCGGUUUGAUCAUUUCGGUCGUUAGGACCGAAAUGUCCCUUUCCAUUUGACAAAAUUGUUGUUCCCAGUACUGCUCCCCUGUAUCCUGGUUACAAGAACAAUAACCAAACGCGCGGUGGCUUGGGUCGGGUCUAUGCAACCGGAAUGUACCGAUCCAUUGGGUUCGUAUAUUUCCGAAAUUUCAAAUCGGAAUUUUUGUUGAAUGGAAAGCGCGCUUGGUUUUUUGGGCUCCAUUUUCGCAGAAGAAAGCUCACUUCCAAGAGCCAAACAUAUACGGUGAACAGUAGAGUUUGGAGGUAAACGUCUUCGUAUAAGAAGAUUACGACAGCAACGCGAUAGAUGCUGGCCUCUUGUUGGGCACAAAAUUAUUGUUUUGUGCCAAAUCACAGACAAGCCUUCGAAUAAGUCGUGGAACUGGUUCGUUAAGAGUAGCAUUCCAGAGGCUCUCUCGCCCGUUCUUGAAAACUUUUGCCGCCGUUUUUCCUAACUCAGCUGACCGACACUGGGUCUCCGAGGAUGCUUCUAUCAAAGUAGUAAAUGAAAAUAAUUUUUACAAGUGCCCACGAACAUAUUUCUCACGGUUCAAGUUGAGUUGUUUGUGAAUUUUACUAAUGUAGCUGUUGUUCACAUGGGGUUUCAUAGCAAAGAAAGGCAACCUGAACAACAGAACAAAUCUUCUUGUUAAAGUAAGCGCAGGCACCUAAUACCUACUAAAAUGUUCGUUUGAGUUAUGGAACGGUCACUCUAGAAAACAUCUAUCGUAAGAAGGCAGUCAAUCGUUUGUGAUUUGUUCACAAUAUAAUCUCGAUCAUUUUAAAAAAAGGUUAUUCCAGACACAAACCAAAAAAGCUUCUGGCUCAUCCCUAAAUUAUUAAAUCCUUCUGUCCCGCAUUUAAUUUUGAUCUAAUUUCUUCUCACGUUAACUAGAUUCUUACUUGAAAGUGGUAUAAUUCUAAUCGUCCUCGAUACUUACGCUCAGUCCAUUUAUAUGGCUUGCAGUCUGUCCCAAAAUGGCAACCCUAAAUGAGACAUCAGGAGUUCUUACCAGUCCUUAUUAUCCAAGGCGUUACCCUUCUAACGAGAAAUGCAGCUGGAAAAUUACAGCAAGUAAAGGACAACGGAUUGUGUUGGUUAUUGAAGACCUUAAUAUUCGGUCCUGUGGUUCAUCUUGCACGUGUGAUUACCUAGAAAUACAAGAUGGCUCUUCCUCUGAUGGCAUUUCAAGCAGACGAAGAUGUAGAUAUAAAGACCGUGGGAUAGUAUACCAUUCCGCAAAAGAUGUCCUGAGGUUGACAUUUGUUUCUGAUAGUGGUACUUAUGGGUACUACCGGGGAUUUAAGGCAACUUACAUUAAAGUGAAAUAUAAUGCACCAACCACCGGUAAGUUAUUUGAAAUCGGCUUGAAACGCAAAGUUAAAAGGUUAUGUGCAGGCGAUCACGUGAUCAACUUUCAACCAAGUUAUAUGAAAUAUUAUUGCCUUAUAACAGGCUUAUAGUAACUGUAAUAUUCAAAUACUUUACGGAGGAAAACAUUGCACAAUAAAAUGCCGAUCAAAUGCCAACAAUUUUCAUUCGCAUGAUCUUAAAAGGCCCGAGGUUUGGUGGAAAAUCUCCUCUUUUUUUUAUAAUUAUCUGUUGCAAAGCUUUCGAUUUGGUUUUUUGUGUUGCUUUGUCUUUUUUUUUGUUUCAGACAGAUUACUCUUUGAUUUUGUAUUAUAAGCUAAAUCAUAGUUUAUUUCCUCUUCUUGAAGCUUGUACCUCUGGCGAAUACCUUAAUGGAUUUAGUGGAUUCUUUUCAACUCCAAAUUUUCCAAAUAACUAUCCUCAGUACAGCAGAUGUAUCUGGAAUAUCACAGUUCCCAGCGGGUACAUAAUUAAACUCAGCUUCCUCUACUUUCGAUUGGAGCCAGAUCAGUACAGUUCCUGCUAAUAUAAUGCUCCAGGAGCCCGUGUUACAGUCACAAAUGUUACUUCAGAUGAUGGGUAUCAGUCGUUCAUGCUGUGCGGUCAACAACUUCCAGAUCCAGUGUACUCUGUGGGGAAUUCCGUUCAAGUCAUAUUCACGUCUCUGAGCAGUCAAUACUCAGGGUUUAAUACAACUUACAUGGCUAUCACUUAUAGUUCAGGUACGUGGUAUACAUUAUAAAAACAAAAACAAUUACUUUUUAUGAUAUGAAGUUAGAUCGAUCUCACACUAUCAGACAAUGUCGGUACUUAACAGGCGACCAAAAGAAUCGAGUCCGAAAUUAUUGACCUAUUACUGCUUGAAAAUGUAAAAGAGCAAAAGAGGAACACUAUUGGAUCGGUAAAACUGAACAAGAUAUUACAUUCAGGUAUAUUUAAAGAACACGUGUAUUUAAAAUUUGUCGUCUUUACAUUGUCCGCAAGUCUGAUGCUCUCGAGAAUCAUAAGUUGCUACGUGGCGGAGAUGACAAUUUUGUCCGCCUAAGAGGUCUCUUUCAAGGCUAAGAGUCAACAAAGAAAGAUCAAAUUAUCGAAAAUACCGUGGCUUAAAGCCUUAAAAUAACCAAGAUAUACGGGAUAACAUAAUCUCGUGCUGGAUAAGUAUUCUAGUACUAUUUAAGGCAUGGAUUUUUCUUGGUGGUGCAGUGGAGUAUGGUUAAAAUGGUAUGUUUAGAACGCCAACAAUGUGAUUUCUCAAAAUUGAUUUUGAAUUCGCAUAUAUAUAUAUUUUUCUUAUUCAUUUGGAACCAAUCGAUAAAUAUGUUCAUACACCACCGUAGCUCCCUCGAAAACUAUACCCGAUGCCAGACCAAAAUGGGCAAAGUCUAUAACCGUUUUUAGACAAAAACGGCGCAAAAACCAUACCUAUUUCUUUCUACAACAAGAUAAUCUGUAUCUAGAAUGAUUUGAAUCAUCACCCGCCGUUUCCUCAUUUUCCCUCAGUUCUUCAAUCUGUCUCGCUACCUUUGCUUUACAUAGUGAAGAACCUCUCCGGGUCAUUGUCAUAUAUUUUUAGAUUUUUAUUGCUUGCAGGUUCUUAACCCUGAGAAGAAAAUUUGCAUGAAAACAUGUGUCUAAACUUCUAUGUAAUCUUGUAGUUGAGAAUAAACAGCAUAAACAGCUGAUCGAUCGCGCAAAACCUGAUGAUGUACACCUACCUUUCCAACAGUUCUUUCUUAUUACCAUUUUGAUUUAUACGGCGGCAUUUUACCCAAAACGUUAGUUGAGCAACGAUCAAUUUUUCUAUAUCUCUUCUUCACUGAAGCCAGGCAAGAGGAAUGUUCCCUCAAGUAAGUCCGCCAUGUAAGUUAUAGGUACCUUACGCUCCGAUGACGCGAUGACAACGAGGACGUCGUCAAAAAAGCAAUAGGUUUACAAGGCAAAACAACAACUUUGCACGUGCAUCACACUUUAAUUUUUCUACAUUUCUUUUUAUUGAGGGCGUAAACAAGCAACGACCAAAAUUUAUUUCUCUUUUAGAACUUGGAAAGGGAUCCUAGCAGUUCAACUCCAGGGGGAUUCGCUUACUUUUGAUAAAGAAAAUGGGUAGGAAUAAUCGCAAUGAAGGCUGAAAGAACGUAAAUUCACUUUUUAAGUGACGUUUUUGUUGCCAUCGCCUCGUCGGAUCGUAAAGUCCCUAUUUUAAAUUUAAAAAUUUCACAUUGAUACAACUUCCGUUUUUUUUUUUUUUCUGAAAUCCGAGUAUAAAAGAAUUUCUUUGAGGCGCUUUCCAUUCAACCCAAAAUUUCGAAAUUUUCGGUUUACACAUCAAAUGGAACAGACCGUUUUGAUUUGGUCUGACCGAAACAUUCGGGAUCAGAUUUGAAGGUGGUCCUCUUUAACCGGUCUGGUCAUUUUGGUCGUUAGGACCGAAAUGUCUCUUUCCAUUUGACAAAAUUGUUGUUCCCAGUACUGCUCCCCUGUAUCCUGGUUACAAGAACAAUAACCAAACGCGCGGUGGCUUGGGUCGGGUCUAUGCAACCGGAAUGUACCGAUCCAUUGGGUUCGUAUAUUUCCGAAAUUUCAAAUCGGAAUUUUUGUUAAAUGGAUAGCGCCCUUGGUUUUCUGGGCUCCAUUUACGGGGAAGAAAGCUCCCUUGCAAGAGCCAAACAUGUACGGUGAACAGUCAAGUUUGGAGGUAAACGUCUUCGUAUAAGAAGAUUACGACAGCAACGCGAUAGAUGCUGGCCUCUUGUUGGGCACAAAAUUAUUGUUUUGUGUCAAAUCCAGACAAGCCUUCGAAUAAGUCGUGGAACUGGUUCGUUAAGAGUAGCAUUCCAGAGGCUCUCUCGCCCGUUCUUGAAAACUUUUGCCGCCGUUUUUCCUGACUCAACUGACCGACACUGGGUCUCCGAGGAUGCUUCUACCAAAGUAAUAAAAAUAAUUCUUACAAGUGCCCACGAACAUAUUUCUCAUAGUUCAUGUUGAGUUAUUUGUGAAUUUUCCUAAUGUAGCUGUUAUUCACAUGGGCUUUCAUAGCAAAGAAAGGCAACCUGAACAACAGAACAAAUCCUCGUGUUAAAGUAAGCGCAGGCGCCUAAUACCUACUAAAAUGUUCGUUUGAGUUAUGGAACGGUCACUCUUGAAAACAUCGAUGGUAAGAAGGCAGUCAAUCGUUUGUGAUUUGUUCACAAUAUAAUCUCGAUCAUUUCAAGAAGGUUAUUCCAGACACAAACCAAAAAAAGCUUCUGGCGCAUCCCUAAAAUAUUAAACCCUUCCGUCCCGCAUUUGUUUUGCUCUAAUUUCUUCUCACGUUAACUAGAUUCUUUCUUGAAAGUGGUAUAAUAUACACUUAAUGUCACAUCCCAAGGGAAACAGUUAGUUUUGUUUUCCCGAGAUUCCUGAUGUUUCCCGAGAAGAAGUCGAGGGAAACAUCAGGACUCGAGGGAAAACAAAACUAAACUGGUUUCCCGAGGGACCUGACAUUAAGUGUUUUGUUAUAUUUCUAGACUUUCACUUCAACAGGAACAAAAGAAUAACCGGAACCAAAACAGUCGACUCGGUACUUAUAACAACACAAAUUUAAUUGUCAAAACCACUGAAUGAAUGAUUUACAAACAAAAGUACUUUACUCAUAUUAUCUGCAUCUUUUUCCUCCACUAGCUUCUGUUUUUCUUCUGGGAACUUCUGGGAUAACUUUGACAAUCGUUGCUUUUUAGCUUGAGGCUUCGUGAUUGUGUUGUUGUGUUCAUUCACGAAAAAGAAAACUGGCAGGACCUUGCGGUGUUUUUCCCGCCUUCUGUCACGCCACUUUCCACCACGCUUUGAUCACGUGCUGCAAUGUAUCCCGAGCGGGGUACAUUGUUUAAUGUAUUACAAUCGGGAUACAUUUGAUUUUAGUCAAGGCCACGUGACCAAGAAUCAACCAAUGACAGUCCCUGUUUAGUUGAGUAAAAGUCUAGGAAUCUAACAAUUCUAAUUGUCCGGUCCAUUUAUAUUGCUUGCAGUCUGUCCCAAUAUGGCAACCCUGAAUGAGACAUCAGGAGUUCUUACCAGUCCUUAUUAUCCAAGAGGUUACCCUUCUAACGAGAAAUGCAGCUGAAAAAUUACAGCAAGUAAAGGACAACGGAUUGUGUUGGUUAUUGAAGACCUUAAUAUGCGGUCCUGUGGUUCAUCUUGCACGUGUAAUUAUCUGAAAAUACAAAAUGGCUCUUCCUCUGAUGGCAUUUCAGGCAGGCGAAGAUGUAGAAAUGAAGACCGUGGGAUAGUAUACCAUUCCGCAAAAGAUGUCCUGAGGCUGACGUUUGUUUCUGAUAGUGGUACUCACUGGGGGUAUCGUGGAUUUAAGGCAACUUACAUUAAAGUGAAAUAUAAUGCACCAACCACCG